GUCAGGGUCGUUUGUAUGAUCUUUAUUUUCCUGUGUAAUAUUUAUGAGGUGAUAAUUUGUGUACUUUGGAAACCUUUAGUGUUCAGGAAAGUAAAUAAAAACUUAAUUUCCUUCAGGGAAGAAAUAGCUGAAGCUCAGAGGACGAAUAAACCCAGUGGGAGGUGCCACUAUUGUCUCAUGAUUAGCAAGACCUGCAAAGAGGCAACCAAGAGUAUCCCAGCGAGAGGAGGUGCUCCCAAAGAGGAAUACAUCUUUGUUAAUGCAGAGGAGGAAUUCUUCUAUGAGCAAGCCAUCAUGAAGUUCCACUAUUCAGUUCAGGAGGAGGCAGACUCAUGUUUGAGUGGCCGGUGGUCGUUUGACGACGUCCCCAUGAAGCCUUUCAGGACUGUGAUGCUGAUACCCGCAGACAGGAUGCCUGCCAUCAUGGACAAACUCAAAGAAUACCUAACGGUGUGAACUUAACAAUAAACCAAGACACCUAUGAACACACUUGAGAACAUUCAGGAUCAUGGAAAUGGUUCACUGCUCUUAAGACUCAACAGGAAAUAUUUUUAAUGGUUUCUUUUUUUACUCACAUAUGAUAGAUUUAGUUCUGAAGAAAUUAUGCAAAAGAAAAUCACAGCAAACUUUGCCUACAGUAAGCUUUAUGUUAAUGACAGCUGAAAUAUAUAAUGAGUCUAGUCUAGUACAGUAGAUGAACGUGUGUCAUUUACUGAUACUUUACUACAAUAAAUAACCAUUCUUGAUAUAUGA